AUGCUGGUGGCCGUGGACGCCAGCCAGGGGGCUGGCCGGAGCGUUAGCAGCGACAAGGACAGGGACCUGCAGGUGCUGUUACAGGAACUCUGCGAGCUCCAGGCAAAGCAGAGGAAGCUGAAGAGAGAGGUCGAGAAGCACAAGCUUUUUGAAGACUAUCUGAUUAAGGUCCUUGAGAUAAUCCCUAAGGGCCACAAUGAAGGGGAGAAAACAGAGGAGCCAGAGGUGGUCCUGGUGGAGACCAUGGUGGAGCACUAUGGGCAGCUCUUCACAAUCAGCCAGGACAUCCAGAAGCAUCUGGAAGCCUUCUCCGAGAUGAGCCAGGUCUUCCACCAGAGGCUGGAGUCUCUAGAGGAGAGCCACAGGGCUCUUAUCCCGAGCCUCAAGAUUCAGCUGUGUCAGCUGCAAAAGCGAUGUCAUCACGAGCAGAAGCGGUGGGGGCAGUUGGGACACCGUGUCACCUCCCAGAAGGACAUGGACAGCUAUAAUAACCAGCUGCUCGACUACCUGCAAAUGGCCAUCAACAACAUGGUCCAGCAGUGCUCCCCCUCUGCCCACAGCACGCCCAAGAGCAUGGGCCUCUUCUCUAAACUCGACCUGAUUCAGGAUCAGAAGCAGGUAUAA